AUGUCGCAAGGAAGAAGGCCCACCAUGAGGGCACAAACCAGAGCAGGACCAACACAGACAGCAACACCACCGACGUCAUCCCAACAAGAAAGAAUAGCAGCACCACCUCCCUUUCCCCAACCAGACGUAACCCAACUCCACACCACAGAACAAGCAGAUGUUUUCUACGAAGCAAGAACAUGUUGGCUACAAUACUACGCAGAAAGCCACCCACAGCUACUACCCACAACACAACACAAUCCCCCAAUAACCGUAGAAAACCUCUACAAUGAGAACAACUUUGAAGAAUUCACGGCAAAUGGUGACCCGAUACCACCUCCCACACCACAGAUCCUUCCCACAGCACCCGAUCCAUCCCCACUUCCACCAACACGCACCAUGUCUAACGCUACAGCAUCCAAACCCGCUAAAUUCGGACAAAUAGAUAAAUUUGAUGGCAUGCCCGACCGAGCAAACAGAUGGAUGUUAUCAGCCAAAGCAUAUUUUGACGUAAAUGACACCAUCUAUGACUCGGACAAAAAAAAGGUCUUCAAAGCACUUUCCCACAUGAAAGAAGGAGCAGCCCUGGCAUGGAAAGAAACCAAAUUAACGGAAUAUAUGGGAUCGGGCAGAUACCCAAAAUGGGUGGACUUCAAAACCAACUUUAACGGAACAUUCAUUACCGCAAACGUAAAAGGGGCGGCCAGUGCGGCCCUCAUGACAAUGAGAAUGGAAACAGGAGAAACAGCAGUACAGUUCAACUCUAGUUUCAUGGUAAAAGCAGGAAAGAGCAGCUUAAACGAUGAAGGACUAAUCAUGGUAUACAAAAGCUCUAUAUGCCCAUACCUUCUUCAAAAUGUACUCAACUCCUCCAUACAACCCAAAAAUAUUGCAGGAUGGAUAAGCACAGUUACUGGCCUAGAUGCCAACUGGACAAACUCAAACAGCAUCAGUGAAGGAAAAUAG